AUGGUAAAGUCUACUGUUCAGUUUGGGGGGUUGCCCACAAAAGAUCCAAAUUUCCACAUAGCCAAUUUCCUGGAGCUAUGUGCAACAUUUAAGAUGAAUGGGGAGAGUGACGAUGCGAUUAGACUUAGAUUAUUCUCAUUCUCUCUACGAGAGCAGACGAAGAGUUGGCUAAUUUCACUGCAAGCAAAUUCUAUAACAACAUGGGAGGAAUUAGCCCAAAAGUUCUUAGCAAAGUUUUUCCCUCUAGCAAAAGUUGCCAAGUUGAGAGGGGAAAUCAAUAAUUUCUACCAGACAGAAGGGGAAUCGUUGUAUGAUGCAUGGAAAAGAUUUAAAGAGUUAUUAAGGAAGUGCCCACAUCAUGGUAUAGAGAAGUGGAUGCUAGUCCCUAAUUUUUAUAAGGGGUUGAAUUUUACUACUCGUACCAUAAUAGAUGUUGCAGCUGGAGGUUCGUUCAUAAGAAAUAGUGCUAAUGAGGCGUAUGAAUUACUAGAGGAGAUGGCAAUGAAUAACUACCAGUGGCCAACUGAAAGGGGACAAACCAAGAAGGUGCCUGGUAUGAUUGAAUUGGAUGCUAUUUCCAUGCUUACAAUGCAAGUGGGGGCUUUAACGAAUCAGUUACAACAAAGCAACUUGUCAGCCCAAACCAUGCAAGUUCAGAAUUUAUGUGGGGCAUGUAGGAGUGUUCAUCCAUUAAAUCAGUGUCCUGCAAUGGAUAUGAAUAAUAUACCUAUGGAACAAGUCCAAGCUAUAGGAAAUUUUCAAAUACCAACCAACAACCCUUUUUCGAUGUCAUAUAAUCAAGGGUUGAGGAAUCAUCCUAACUUCUCAUGGAAAAAUAAUCAAGCUGCACAACAGCCUUUCCCUCAAAUUCAGUAA